UCAAAACCCUCAAAUUUCAUGCUUAUACGCAAGCUACUGCCGUUGGAAUUAUCGAAGUCUAUAACUAUCUCGUUCCGCAACCAAACACCAGACAGAACCAUCAGCAUGUCACUACGACGCUCAGCUCGCAAUGCAGUGAAUUCUAAGGCCGUUGCGCCUGAAGCGCCAGAAGCGUUGUACGAGAAAACCAACACAAGUGGCGCAAAUAAGAAAGUCACUACAGAUGAUGAUCUGAAAGCCACCGCUAUUGUAGACGCCAACGCCUCAAAGAAAACCUCCGCACCAAAGAAAGCCGCGCCACGAAAACGUAAAGCACCCUUACCAGAACAAACAACAGCACUCCUCAACAACGUUGCCAACCACUCCGAAAUCCUCACCUCGACAGGCGCAUCCCCUGAGUUGCUCCAGCAGAUACCCCCUGAAGUACUCCAAAGCAUCGACGUCACGAAACCCGUUGAGAUAUUCACUAUUCCAUCCGGCCCCUUCACAGCACCAGACGGUCCUUUCAGAGAACCUGGAACCGCCCGGCUCCCAACGCCAGAUCUGCCGGCUGGUGCCGAUGCGCCGUCGACACCACUACCCAAACAGACCAAGAGACGAAGGAAAACAAAAGCGGACACAGUUUCGCCAGCGAAGCCUCCACCCUUUACACCCACGCCGUCUGGUGUGGGUUUGAUUACGGGAGCGAACAACGUAGACCGGAGGCCGAAGGAUGCGGAUCAUAUGCUCGACGACCUCGCCAGUUUCAACAGGCCAGCUGACCCGGGUAUGACGAAUGCACCAGUGCUCACGCCCAACGGGUCACAAGUCGUAGUCAACGACUCGCCAGCUAAGAAGCGGAAAGCAAACGAUUUACCACCGGACGUUGGGAGCCCUUCGAAACUAGGGAGUGGAGGUUCGACGAUCGAUAUGCUGUUGAAGGACGCAGAAGCGUAUUUGAUCAAGGUGGAUAAGGAGGUGACAGGGAAUGGGAAGUUGGAGAAGUUGAUUCAGACGCAGAAGUGUAAGAUAUUUGAUCCCGAGGGGUUGAGGGAGGUGGUUGAUCCUUUCACGGCGCUGGCGAGCGGGAUUAUUGGGCAACAGGUAUCCGGCGCAGCCGCCGCUUCCAUCCGCAAGAAAUUCACCGCCCUCUUCUCGGAAACCCAUCCCUCCUUCCCCUCCCCAGCGCAAGUCCUUACGCUCGACAUCCCCAAACUGCGCACAGCAGGCCUCUCGCAGCGCAAAGCCGAGUACAUCAGCGGUCUCGCUGAAAAAUUCGCUUCGGGAGAAUUCACAGCCGAGGGGCUUGUGAGCGCAAGCGAUGAGGAGUUGAUUGAGAAAUUAGUUGCCGUGAGGGGCCUGGGGAGGUGGAGUGUGGAGAUGUUUGCGUGUUUUGGGUUGAAGAGGAUGGAUGUUUUUAGUACGGGGGAUUUGGGUGUGCAACGAGGCAUGGCCGCAUACAUGGGGCGCGACGUCUCCAAGCUGAAGAAUAAGGGUGGGAAAUGGAAAUACAUGUCCGAGCAAGAGAUGCUGUCUAUAGCGAGCAAGUUCUCGCCAUACAGGUCUCUUUUCAUGUGGUAUAUGUGGCGAAUCGCAGAUGUGGAGACCGAAGUGCUGGAGUAGCUGGAGUAGCUGGAAUUUUCCAUUGUCUGGAGUGGUCUGAUGGUACGCAGUCUUCUCGAUCUUGAUAGAAGGUGCUGGAUAUCAUUGUGUGACGUCUGCUGUUGGUUAUGAGCAUGAGGACGUCUCUGCUGAU